AUUGCUAGCAAUCAGGGGCAACAACUACAUAAAAGUGAUCUUGACGUCUUGGGACCCAUACGAUUCAGAUGCCUACGUCGACUCCAAGUACGUCCGUCGCAUCAAGGGAAGAAUGGGGAAGAAACGUCUGCGUGUUGACUUAUGACGAGCUGGACGUCCAGUCCAUCACACGCUCAGUGGAAGAUGAUGGUGCUGGUGCGACCGUGGUCUUCGUCGGGACCACUCGUAACACUUUCAAAGGCAAGGUCGUGGCACGACUGGAGUACCAAGCUUACAGCAAGCUUGCCAUAAAAACAGUGGCAGAGGUUGUCCGAAACGCACACGACGAUUCGGUCAGGCGGGCGAGUAACUCGACCUCCACGUCCCAUGUGAUAUCCUCCGCCGUUCACCAUCGGCUAGGAGCGGUGCCUGUGGGGGAGGCAUCCAUAGUAAUUGCCGUGUCCUCACCCCACCGCCAAGAGGCAUUCGUGGCAUGCGAACAGAUACUCGAAGGUGUGAAGCAGAAAGCGCAGAUCUGGAAGAGGGAAUACUACCAAGGGGAGGACGAGGAAAAGGCGGUGUGGAAAGCAAACUACUCCUAACGCAAGACGUCAUCCCCGUCCGGGCUGACGGUUAGUUCAACAGACCACAAAAAGAGGGUGAACAUGAUAUUCGCCCAGCGCCACCAAACCUGAGAAGCAGGAUCGAGAACUAGUAAGAAUUUCAU